GGGACGCUGCGCACCAAGGGAAGCGGCCGGCCGCCCAUGGCGUUCGCGCUGCUGCGCCCCGUCGGCGCGCACGUGCUGUACCCGGACGUGCGGCUACUGAGCGAGGACGAGGAGAACCGCAGCGAGAGCGACGCCUCCGACCAGUCGUUCGGCUGCUGCGAGGGCCUGGAGGCGGCACGGCGCGGUCCGGGCCCCGGGGGCGGGCGGCGGGCGUCCAGCAGCGCGGGCCCGGUGGUGGUGGUGCGACAGCGGCAGGCGGCCAACGCGCGGGAGCGGGACCGCACGCAGAGCGUGAACACGGCCUUCACGGCGCUGCGCACGCUCAUCCCCACCGAGCCGGUGGACCGCAAGCUAUCCAAGAUCGAGACGCUGCGCUUGGCGUCCAGCUACAUCGCGCACCUGGCCAACGUGCUGCUGCUGGGCGACGCGGCCGACGACGGGCAGCCGUGCUUCCGAGCGGCGGGCACCGCCAAGAGCGCGGUCCCAGCCGCCCCCGACGGCGGCCGCCAGCCGCGUUCCAUCUGCACCUUCUGCCUCAGCAACCAGCGCAAGGGGGGUAGCCGUCGCGACCUGGGGGGCAGCUGCUUGAAGGUGAGGGGGGUGGCCCCAGUUCGAGUGCCUCGGAGAUGAGCCUGGACCCAUAUGUCAUUUGUUCCAAGCAGGACCCUGAGAAGGAGGCCAGAGGCCAACCACUGGGCGAACAGGGGAAGACCCCAGGAGCUGAACCCAGGUCCCUUCUUUGUGUAGGGACCAGAGGACAAUGGCCUGGGCCCAUGACCCUAUGAGCAGGCCCCCUGGGACAUCUCCACCCCACCCUGGAGAGCCGUGAGGACCCAUGCAGCCGGCCCGAGCCCUGGCUGGUCAGAGACAAGGCAGAACUUUUGGAAAAACAAAGACUGUUGUUGACAGAGGAUGUGUGUGUGUCUGUGCAUGAGUGUGGGUGUGUGUAUGAGACAGAGAGAAUUGAUGGGUUUAAAAUAAAAGGUAUUUUUAAGUAAAAAAUGUUCCCAGCUGAAGAAGGGAGGGGCCUGGGGACAUCAGAGGUCAGAGGUGGCCCCUCUCCUGGACCUUGGAAGAGACACAGGUGUCACAGGUGCCACCCUGUGCCCUGGAGGGGGUGGAGCUGGGGGAAGGCAGGGGACCCCCCUCUCUAGAAGUCGAGAUAACCAAUCUUUCCUCACUGUCUUCCUGAACAACUGUUGGGUGUCUGGUGUGGUUGGUAAAAAAAAAGAAAAAUCUUAAUUUUAUUUAUUUUUGAAUAAGGAAUAUAUAUUCAUCCACAUGGUUCAAAAUUCAAAAGGUACAAGAGGGUAUGUGGUGAAAAGUCUCCCUCCCUCUUGUCCUCCGGCCACAGUUCUCCCGCCGCAGGCAGGCUCAGCCACUAGUUUUUUUGUGACAUCCCUAUUCCUUGUGAAUAACCAAGCAAAUACAGAAAUAUACAUAUAUGUUUUCUUCCACCCUUUACACAAACAGUAGCAUAGUGUACCCACUUUCUGCUCCGUGCAUUUUUUUUUUCCUUAAUCUAGCUUGGGUGUUAUCCCAAGUC